AUGAACCCUCACGGUGAGAAGAUCCCCCACUUGGGGAGACGAAACAACCAGCCUGAGGGACCGAUAGUCUCCUCUCAGAACAAAGUAGUACACAAAAAAAUGGAAACCCAAAUGAGCCAAAGAUAUAACGUCACCACACAGAGACACACCCAGAUCGGAGACAGAGUUGUGAAGAUUACCUUCACGAGUGACAAAAAAAAAAGGAAGGAAAUGAAAAAAAGAAAGCAAAUGAAUAUGCUCAUUAGCCAAAAAAGAAAAAAAAAAAAUGAAUUUGAAAAAAAAAAAAAGAUGCUCCGAAAGAUGAAUGAAAUGAUUCGGACAGAACGGGAAAAAGGCAAUGUGUAUUUUUUACCCAAAAAGUUCAGACAAAAAAAAAAAACAAAACGAAAGAAGCUUAUCCUGCUCGAGAAGGAAGCAAAGGAAAGUGUUUACAAGGACUUGCUCGGGGCAACUCAAAAUGGACAUUCCAUGAGGGGACCCAAAAAGACGCUUCCCCCAAUGGAGGGAUCACCAAACUAUGCCAGAGAAGGCUACAUAAAGUUUAUUUCGCGAAAGGCCAAGUGGAGAAAGGCUAUGAGACCCACCGACUCUGCUACCUGUAGGUGGGGCCAACUGAAAGGGGAGCAAGAAAAGAAACGUCACUCAUCCGAUAGCCACUACUUGGAAGAAGCCACAAACGUUGCAACACAAAUAAGUGAAGAAGUCGCUCGCGUGAAAAAAUUUCUCCUCCUGUGGGGAGGAAAGUUUCAACGGGGAGAUGUGCAAAUGAGUGGACCAGCUGAAUCAAUUCGGAAGAAGGGCGCAGGUAGGGUCCCCCCCGUUGAGGUACACUCAAAGGCGGACAAUCUAAAUGUCCCGCCUCAAACAACACAGUGUAGCAGCGGUGACUUCCCCAACAGGGACCAAAUAAAAGAGUCCAUCCUCAGAAGCGAAAAAAUUAUGAACUACAUACAAGAAAGCAGGGUGAAAAAAAAAACGUACAUUAAUGAGUAUGUCGAUCAGGUAAUAACGGAGGAGCUGAACAAUAUGGUAAAAUCAUUUUUGGAAAAAAUUUCAAAAUCGCAAGAGCAACUGUAUUUAAUGAAAAAAAAAAAAAAAAGAUUCUACUUGGGGCUCCGGGAGUGCUACAGACACGCUUGUGUUGACAACCCCAAGUUGGUUCUUCUGGCGCCGAACAUUGAACCAAUGACGAACGGUGUGUUCGAUGAUCAAGUGAAUAAAAUUAUUUCCAAGUGUCAGGAGAAAGGCAUACCUUUGGUUUAUGCCUUAAGCAAAAACUUGCUGGGCAAGUGCAUUAAAAAGUCUAGGCAGAGCGUCAUAUGCAUUGUCGACAACGACUCCUUUAUACGGGAGUGCGACGCGAUUGUGCAGCUGGCCAAUUCACUCAGACGGCAUGCGCCACCUACCACCCCUGACACAUGCCCCCUUAAUCCCACUGUGAAGGAGCCCUGCGACUAG